AGCAGGAAGGAAAUGAACAGAGCCACCCUCCAGUGCACGAAGAAGCACCACAAAAAAGAAAACCGGCUGCGCUUGGGAUCCGCAAACUCGCAAACAGCAGGAUAUCUCCGACUACCCGCAGGACGCGGAUCGCCACAAACAGGAACUUUAAAGGGAUUGAAAUCUGUUGCCUGUUCCACUAGGAAUAUUGUUUGCCAGGCACAAGGUGUCUUUUGGUAGUGAGCCUCCUCUGCGCAUGCGCAGGUCCAUUCGGGAAUUACUGCCCUGCCGCCGACUAAGUUGCAUUCCUUGAAGCUUCGCAGAAAAGACAAUUCUUUUCAUCAGAGUUAGUAAUGUGGACUGUACAAAAUCGAGAGAGUUUGGGGAUUCUCUCUUUCCCUGUGAUGAUUGCCAUGGUCUGCUGUGGACACAGUGCCAACGAGCCCAGCAACAUGUCAUACGUGAAAGAGACCGUUGACAGAUUGCUCAAAGGAUAUGACAUUCGCUUGCGGCCGGACUUUGGAGGGCCCCCAGUAGACGUCGGGAUGCGGAUCGACGUCGCCAGCAUAGACAUGGUCUCCGAAGUGAACAUGCCUUCUGUGGGAAUGCUUCUGCCAAUAUGUGGUUUUGGCUUUGCUAGGCAAAUACAUGAGAAGGAUUAUACACUCACCAUGUAUUUCCAGCAGUCUUGGAAAGACAAAAGACUUUCUUAUUCUGGAAUCCCACUAAAUCUCACUCUAGACAACAGGGUGGCUGAUCAACUCUGGGUACCAGACACCUACUUUCUGAAUGACAAGAAAUCAUUUGUGCAUGGAGUUACAGUAAAGAAUCGAAUGAUUCGACUGCAUCCUGAUGGAACAGUUCUCUAUGGACUCCGGAUCACAACUACAGCUGCAUGCAUGAUGGAUCUACGGAGAUACCCUCUGGAUGAACAAAACUGUACCUUGGAAAUUGAAAGUUAUGGCUAUACCACUGAUGACAUUGAGUUUUACUGGAAUGGAGGAGAAGCUGCAGUAACUGGAGUGAACAAAAUUGAGCUUCCUCAAUUUUCAAUUGUAGACUAUAAGAUGGUUUCCAAGAAGGUUGAGUUCACAACAGGGGCAUAUCCACGACUGUCGCUAAGUUUUCGUCUGAAAAGGAACAUUGGUUACUUCAUUUUGCAAACCUACAUGCCUUCCACACUGAUUACAAUUCUGUCAUGGGUUUCUUUUUGGAUCAACUAUGAUGCAUCUGCAGCCAGAGUGGCACUAGGAAUUACCACAGUGCUGACAAUGACGACCAUCAGCACCCACCUCAGGGAGACCCUGCCAAAGAUCCCUUAUGUCAAAGCAAUUGAUAUCUACCUGAUGGGCUGCUUUGUGUUUGUGUUCCUGGCUUUGCUGGAAUAUGCCUUUGUAAAUUACAUCUUCUUUGGAAAAGGACCUCAGAAAAAAGGAGCUGGCAAGCAAGACCAGAGCGCCAAUGAAAAGAAUAAGCUGGAGAUGAACAAAGUCCAGGUCGAUGCCCACGGUAACAUUCUGCUCAGCACCCUGGAGAUCCGGAACGAGACGAGCGGCACGGAAGUGCUGACGGGCGUGAGCGAGCCCAGGACCACCAUGUACGCGUACGACAGCGCCAGCAUCCACUACCGCAAGCCCCUGAGCAGCCGCGAGGGCUACGGGCGGGCGCUGGACCGCCACGGGGCGCACAGCAAGGGCCGCAUCCGCAGGCGCGCGUCGCAGCUCAAAGUCAAGAUCCCCGACUUGACUGAUGUGAAUUCCAUCGACAAGUGGUCCCGAAUGUUCUUCCCCAUCACCUUUUCUCUUUUUAACGUCGUUUAUUGGCUUUACUAUGUACACUAAGAUCUGUCCGAAGGGUUGCUUGUAUGAGUCCUUUCCUCUUGACUUUGAACCCCACAGGUCCCCUGCAGCCCUCCUGCUGUUUUCUUGAGGUAAGAGAUUCAGCCAUGCGAUUUGUGUUAGGUUUUGCAUAUCAGUUUUAUUACUGCACCAUGUUUACUUCCAAAAGGACAAGUCUCCUGUUUUUCCAGGCUAGUGUGGUCCAGGUUAUCAGCUCUUUGGAGAGCUCUGUGAAUUGCCAUGUUUACAAACACGC